AUGGUUGUUCAGAAAAUGGUGGCUGGAAAUGGGCUACUCUACCCAAUUUUUGGUUUUGCAUCAUGCGUGGCUUUCAUUUACAUGUCUUUUGGUGACUUUAUACUCAUCAAUCAUCAAGAACACAAAGAGAUAAGUUUUGUGGAGAGAAAUGGGACUCGGUUUAUGGUUGAUGGUAGGGUUUUUUACAUUAAUGGAUGGAAUUCUUAUUGGUUGAUGGACCAUUCUGUGGAUGAAGAUAGGAAACCUAGAGUUAGUGCAAUGCUGGAAGCUGGUGCCAAAAUGGGUCUCACUGUUUGCAGAACUUGGGCCUUCAAUGAUGGUGGCUACAACGCACUCCAGGUCUCCCCUGGUAGAUUCGAUGAGCGGGUCUUAAGGGCUUUGGAUCAUGUUAUUGCAGAAGCCAGGCAACACGGGAUCAGACUACUUCUUAGUUUAGUCAAUAACUUAAAAGCAUAUGGUGGAAAGACUCAGUAUGUGAAUUGGGCAUGGGAGGAAGGCAUUGGUUUGAGCUCGUCAAAUGAUUCUUUCUUCUAUGAUCCAUCUAUCAAAAGAUAUUUCAAGCAUUAUGUAAAGACUUUGUUGACCAGGAAAAACACCAUCACAGGGAUUGAAUAUAGGAAUGAUCCCACCAUAUUUGCAUGGGAGUUGAUGAAUGAACCCCGCUGCAUGUCUGAUCCUUCAGGCAACACUCUUCAAGAUUGGAUAGAAGAAAUGUCAGCUUUUGUGAAAUCAAUUGACAAGAACCAUCUGCUAACUGUGGGCCUGGAAGGAUUUUACGGUCCAGAAAACCCCAAAAGGUUAACUGUGAACCCAGAACUUUGGGCAUCAAGUCUUGGAUCUGAUUUUGUUCGCAAUUCCAAAGUCCCUGCCAUUGAUUUUGCCUCUGUUCAUAUAUACCCUGAUCAUUGGUUUCCUCAUCUAGAAUUUGAAGAUAAAUUGAAAUAUGUCUCCAAGUGGAUGCUUUCCCACAUUGAAGAUGGUCACUAUGAGCUAAAUAAACCUGUCUUCUUCACUGAAUUUGGUUUGUCUAACCUGAACAAGGACUUCCAGCCAUCCCAACGAGACCGAUUUUACAAAACCAUUUUUGACAUCAUUUAUAAAUCUGCGAAGAGAAAGCGGGCUGGAGCAGGUGCUUUGAUCUGGCAGUUGUUUGUUGAAGGAAUGGACGAGUUCAAUGAUGAUUUUGGGAUUGUUCCCUGGGAAAGGGAAUCAAUAUACAGAAUUCUGACUGAUCAAUCAUGCAGAUUGGCCAGAAUCCAGGGAAUGACUCAACAAAAUAAAUAUUUGAAAGAAUUGUGUUUGCAGAGGCAGUGA